CAAACAGAACUUCGCUGCUGCCGUCACAGCGCUUUGACUGCAGCGACUCGUCCACAACCGAGAGAUGAAGAGGAGGCUGCAAAAGAAAUACUUGAUUCUGAUCCUCGCCUACUCGGGUUUGCUUCUGCUCAUCCCGUAUGUGUUCGACUUCGGGGACAAGUCGCUGCAUGGCGCUAAGCUGCUGCAGCAGCAGUCCCGCUGCUCGGACCUGAAGAACGCUGUGGCCGUGCUGUGGGAGCGCGGCGACAAGGUGGACGGCGCCAACGCCACAGAGGAGCCGGGUAAAAACAGCAGCCGGCCCCGCACUCACAUCUACUUGCACGCCACCUGGAGGACCGGCUCGUCGUUCCUGGGGGAGCUCUUUAACCAGCAUCCAGAUGUCUUCUACCUGUACGAGCCCAUGUGGCACAUCUGGCAGGCUUUGUACCCGGGUGAUGCGGGCAGCCUGCAGGGCGCCGUGCGUGACAUGAUGAGCGCCUUGUUCCGCUGUGACUUCUCCGUGCUCAAGCUGUACGCCGGCACGCAGAACAUCACCACAGCCUUCAUCUUCGGAUGGAAGAUGAACAAGGUGGUGUGCUCCGAGCCGCUGUGCGACGCUCACAAGAGGCACCAUGUCGGUCUGGUCCAGGAGGACCGCUGCGCCAAGUGCCCAAAGCGGGACAUCAGGGAUCUGGAGCGGGAGUGCAAGAAGUACCCUGUGGUGGUCAUUAAAGGGGUGCGUGUUUUGGACCUCAACACCUUGGUGCCCCUGAUGAAGGACCCAGCCAUAAAGCUCCACAUCGUGCAGCUCUUCCGGGACCCCAGGGCGGUGCACAACUCCCGCCUGAAGUCCAAACAGGCUCUAGUGAAGGAGAGCAUCCAGGUGCUGAGGAGCAAGAAGCAGAACGACAAGUAUAAACGUCUCCUGGUGCCCAACAAUCGGCUGAACCGGGCCGAGAGCUACGUGUCCAGCGCCAUGGAGCUCAUCUGCGACAACUGGCUCAGCGACAUGAUGCUGGUGUCCAACGCGCCGCCCUGGGUACGGAGAAGCUACCACCGCAUCCGCUAUGAGGACCUGGUGCUGCACCCUGCCCAGGAGCUCCAGAAGCUCUACCGCUUCUCCAACCUCUCCUCGUCGCCUGCGCUGGAAAGCUUCGCCCUCAACAUGACCCAUGGCCGAGGCUACUCCUCGGACAAGCCGUUCCUCAUCUCGUCCCGGGACGCCAAGGAAGCGAUCUACGCCUGGAGGGAGCGUCUCAGCGUGGAGCAGAUCAACCAGGUGGAGGCCUACUGCAGCGAGGUCAUGAGGCAGCUGGGCUACCCGAGGCACGGCGUAGACAAAACCACAUGAGCGUGUCACGGGGCCUGCAAGUCGAGACUGAGGGCGAAACGGGGGACAAACAGCUGGAAUGUGUCCCACUGGGAGCAGCAAGCAUCGCUCAGGGGCUGUUUUUCUUCCAGCUGAGCACAGCGGAUGAGCAGGGGGUGAAAGUGGGACACGGUGGGAUGUUUUCUAAAGUCCUACCUGCUCGUCUGUGGAGCCAAGGUGGCAAACAAACACCAGGGAGGCCAGGCUGCUUCACACGUCAACGCUGGCUCUCCUCCCCCUUUUUUUAGUCCUGCUAAUCCCCUCCCUUCUUGUCCCUAUUUACAAACCGCCAGCACGGCAGGCGGGGUGGGGCUGGAGGGGGGGGGGGGGGCCUUAAAAAGCUUCUCAGGACGUUGCAAGGUGGCCGUCACCUGCCCGCAUGACUCAGCAGUAAUCUGCACUUACGUGGACUCGCUAACAAGCUAACUUGAAAGUGGCAAGGAGACUCCAGUGUUGGACCCCCUCAAUUCCUCAAACCCAACCCCCCUCCGUCCCGUGAGGAAUGUGGACAGCUGCAGCAGCAAAACCUUCGCAUGAAGGAGACUUUCACUCCACCCAAUCAGUUCUGGGACAGACGUGGUACUUUUUAUCCUGCCUUCUCUGUCUAAACGUGGUCUAAAAGUCUCAUGGUUUAUCCUCAUACCCUUUCUAAGUCCUGGUUAGGGAUGCACAUUUGUCAUAUUUGUACAUGAAGGUAAAAACAUUUCCAUGCUUUCAAAUGACCCGAAUAAAGAGUCAUUGGAAACUUAAUGCUGAUAUUUUCUUGUCCUUUGCUUGACUCCACCCACCGCUUUGAUUAUUUCAUCAUAUGCUUGCCUCCUAAAUACAAUCCUAUAAUAUUUGUUGGUCAAAGAUCCUGUAUAGGACAGAAGCACCGUGAUGUUUUUAAGCCCUUCCUGCUAGUCAAAGAUCCCCUAUACUGUAUUGCUGGAGCGCUAUGCUGUUUUCAGAAUCCUUGCUGGUCAAAGAUUCUCUUUACUGUAUUGCUGGAGUGCCAUGCUGUUUUUAGAAUCGUUGCUGGUCAAAGAUCCUAUAUAGGACAGAAGCACCGUGAUGUUUUUAAGCCCCUCCUGCUAGUCAAAGAUCCUCUAUACUGUACUACAGAAGCGCUGUGCUGUUUUUAGAAUCCUUGCAGGUCAAAGAUCCUGUAUAGGACAGAAGCACCGUGAUGUUUUUAAGCCCUUCCUGCUAGUCAAAGAUCCCCUAUACUGUAUUGCUGGAGCGCUAUGCUGUUUUCAGAAUCCUUGCUGGUCAAAGAUUCUCUUUACUGUAUUGCUGGAGUGCCAUGCUGUUUUUAGAAUCCUUGCAGGUCAAAGAUCCUCUAUAGGACAGAAGCACCGUGAUGUUUUUAAGCCCCUCUUGCUAGUCAAAGAUCCACUAUACUGUACUACAGAAGCGCUAUGCUGUUUUUAGAAUCCUUGCUGGUCAAAGAUCCUGUAUAGGACAGAAGCACCGUGAUGUUUUUAAGCCCCUCCUGCUAGUCAAAGAUCCACUAUACUGUACUACAGAAGCGCUAUGCUGUUUUUAGAAUCCUUGCUGGUCAAAGAUCCUGUAUAGGACAGAAGCACCGUGAUGUUUUUAAGCCCUUCCUGCUAGUCAAAG